UUCUGAUAUUGAAUUUCGUUUUAAGCUCCUCUAGUGGUCAGGUCUACCAUAACGUGAAACUAAAAGAAAACACGAGACGGAUGAGCGAUGAAACUGAUCAAAACAUUCAGUAUAGUCAGCUGACCGACAAACAAGACAUUAACAAUGUUAACAACGUACCAAUCCGUCGAAAACGGGCAAUUCGAGAGGCAGGGAAUACAGUCCCUCUUAGUGGAUCGUCAAAUCCUUCCCGCAAGGCAGGGCUGAUUUCCGGAAAGCAACGAUUCAAGAAGGCCAAUCAUCCAAUUGAUGUCAAUGUUGGAAAACUGUUAAACGAUAAAGGUGAUCUGAAAGGGAGUUCUCUCGCAAAAUUUGAUGCUGCGGGAGAUCAUGGUGAUCAGGAUAAACGGGAUCUUCGCAAGCAACAAACCAUGUCUUCGGGAUUGUCGCAAUCCAGGGACGAAGAUAAAGUAAAGUCCGGUAAAAAAGAAGGGAAGAGAAAUUCCUAUUCCGUGAAAACAAUGAAGCCGAAAUCCAGGGCAAUUAAGCAGAGUGAUCUCAUGACUCGGAGCUCUUUUGCAAAGAUGAAAGGCCUCGUACACGACAAAGGCGGUUAUUCUGCUGUAAUAGAUGACUCAAAAUUGCGCGAGUCGGAGUUUGACAGCAAAAACCUCGGGGAUGAAGCUGACCUUGAUCAAAAAUCUACCGAGUAUGAAGAAACAGAUGAUGAUGAAGACAUAGAAGCACCGGCUGGCUACAAGGAAAAUGCGCCGGAAGUUUCGCAGAACAGCGAAGAGUCUGAAAAAGUUGAUCUGCCUCAGAAUUCAGCGGAAGAUGAUGAUUUUUAUAACCAAGAAAUGGACAAGAGAGAAGCAGAAAUCUUAGAAGAAGAAUACGAGGGAAUCGAUAAUCAAGACGAACCGUAUGGGGAUGCCGACGAAACCGACGAUUCUAACCGCCAGGGCACGAAUAUUCGACGAGAAACGUCACUUUCGGAAAAUGGAGAAAAAGUAGAUAGCCGGGUGAAGAGACACGAUACCGAAGCCAAUGGAAGUGGUUCUGACAAAAAUGACACGACUAACCUGAGCGACGAUGCAAAAGGACCACUGGAGCGUCUUGGAAACCUGGCUGACGAAUCACUUGAUAAUUCGAAACGGGAAAUAGAUCAAAAUUCAGUCGGGGUAUCAUCGAGUUCCAGCCACGAAGCACAAGAAGACACUCUAAAGAGCCGGGAAGAAAUGAACAAAAGCUUGAAACAAGAUUCGAUGAAUUUUGAUACGAAAUCCGACGUCCACGUGGACUGGGAUGCGAAAGGCACCGGGGACUCUUUUAACGAUGACAUGAAGAAGGAAUCGAACAACUUGGCUAAUGAUGACCUGGACGCUGAUUACGAUAAAAAAGUCGAGCAACAGAUCCAGCAGAGGAUAGACUCAAUAAAGGAAGAAAUUAAGCGGGGAGUAGAGGAGAAGCAAAAAAUACGAGCAAUCGAAGUUAACAAUGCAAAGUACGACGCGAUGCAGAGCGAGGAUGAAGAGGACGAGGUUGAAAAUAAUCAAAGUUUAGAUGCACCAAGCGAGCGAAAAAGUGUUUCAAAACGAUCUAUCAUCGAUGGAAUUCAAAGGUCGCAUCAAAAGGCUAAACGACAUAUUUUAAAAAGAGUAAAACGCUCGAGCACCGCAGAUGAGAGACAAUUGCGUGCUAUCGAAGGUGUCGAAACCCUGGAUCCCGACGUCCUUGUGAAGGCAAAGCUACGCCAUGAAAGCAUACGCAAACGGUCCGCACCAAUUUAUGGCGCAACUGACGAGGACGAUUCGAAAAUUUCGAGUUCCUCAAUCAAAAGAAGCAUCGUCCCACGCCAAGUUUACCUCGUCAAGAGCGAACCGCAAAUAUCAUCCCCGGGAAACAACAGAGAAAUCAGGAAUCCGAUAAUCAUACCCGAACAAGCACAGGCUAAUAUCGAUGACGAGUUGCCACCAGGUGUAUCAUUGGACCAAAGUUUACUAGAAGACCAUUUUUCUGCAAUUAAUAACAGACUCAAACGAAGUCCGGAACGAUUUGCGCGGCGCAGACGCGCUAGCGCAGUUAUUCCUGAAGGCGGAGUCGCCUUUCUUGGUUAUAGACCGCAAGACGACGACGAGAAUGACGAGGGAAGUGAAUUCGAUGAUGACGGCUUCGAGGACGGAAGUCCGCACCUUGCAGAGGACAGAUCGAGCUAUGCUGAACCUUACGCGAUUCGUGCCCAGUACCUCGGUAACGAAGUCAGGAAUGAAAAGCCAACUGACUUCCUUUUCGCUGGUGUCGAUGAUGAGCAAAAUGACUUUCUGGUGCGGCGCAAGCGCGGUGAACUUGACGAGGAUGGGCAACCGGCCCGACUUCACGGUGGUGGAGCUCUUGCCAGACGACAAGCACGGGCGAAGUCAAAGCAGAUGCAAUCAGCACGGGUAAAUAGUAUAUAUCCCAGAGAAAAAUGA